CUCUUCUCUCUAGACCGCGCUACUCUUCUUCGCCAAUUUUUUUUAUUUAUAUUUGGAAUAAUUUUUUCUCCUCUUAUGAGGAGGAAUGGAGAGAGAAAAAGAGAGCUACUUUUCCCUCCCUCCAAAGUGUGGUUUUUCUCCCUCUCUUUUCUUUGCAAAAUCCUUUCCUCUCAUGCUCUUCUUUCCUCUAUUCCUUUCUUGAUUCAUCUCUCUCUCUACUCUCUCUUUCUCUAUUCUCUCUCUAUAAUAUAUUGUUUCGUGAGCCACAUGCAUCAUCUGUAGGGCCUGUCGCCUCUGAAUCGCAGAUCAGAGGCGGCCGCUGUUCCAUCCCUUCUUCCAGGAAGGAGGUGGUUUUUCUCCAAGAAAACCUCCUCCUCUCCGGAGCAAAGAUUUGCUUCCAUUCGGCUGCUGCUGCGUGCGUUCAAAGUCGGAUUUUUAUUCCAAACCUAGUUCUUGGUGUGAAGUUUCAUGUGUUCUUCUGUGGAAAGUUGGGUUCUUUGUGGACUGGGUGUUGUUUUUUGUGCUGAGGUUGUGGGAUUUUGAUCUUUUCCGGUGUUUGUGGAAUGGCCGGAAUCGAUGUUUCGAAGUAUGCACACAGCCCCGUUCACAAGGCGGUGCUCGCUAGGGACUAUUCCGGGCUGAAGAGGAUACUUGCUUCCCUGCCGCGGCUCGCCGACCCUUCGAAGAUCCGGACCGAGGCGGCGUCGCUCGCCGAGGAGGAGAAGGCCGACCAAAUCUCGGCGGUGAUCGACCGGCGGGACGUACCCAAUCGAGAAACCCCGCUCCACCUCGCCGUCAAGCUCGGAGAUGCCACCGCCACUGAGAUGCUGAUGGUGGCCGGUGCUGAUUGGAGCCUCCAGAAUGAGCAGGGGUGGAGUGCUCUCCAAGAGGCAAUUUGUACUCGGGAGGAGAAUCUUGCCAAGAUGAUCGUCCGGCACUACCAGCCCCUAGCUUGGGCCAAGUGGUGCCGGAGGCUGCCCCGAGUGGUGGCAGCGAUGAAGAGGAUGAGGGACUUCUACAUGGAGAUCACCUUCCACUUUGAGAGCUCGGUUAUCCCUUUUAUAUCCCGAAUUGCACCGUCUGACACCUAUAAGAUCUGGAAGAGGGGUUCCAACCUUCGGGCCGACAUGACGCUGGCCGGUUUCGAUGGUUUUCGGAUUCAGCGGUCGGACCAGAGCAUUCUGUUUCUGGGAGAUGGUUUAGAGGAUGGGAAGGUCCCGCCUGGGUCCCUGUGCAUGAUUUCUCACAAGGAUAAGGAGGUGAUGAAUGCUUUGGAUGAUGCCGGGGCUCCGGCCAGCGAGGCGGAGAUCCAGCAAGAAGUGUCGGCGAUGUUCCAAACUAAUGUUUUCAGGCCGGGAAUUGAUGUGACUCAGGCUGUGCUGCUCCCACAGCUGACAUGGAGGAGGCAGGAGAAGAUGGAGAUGGUCGGCCCAUGGAAGGCCAAGGUGUAUGACAUGCAUCAUGUGUUGGUGAGUGUGAAGUCUCGGCAGGUCCCUGGUGCUAUGACAGAUGAGGAAUUCUUUUCUUCUUGCAAUGAGAACGAUACUGAAAGCGAAGAAUUCAAGGAUAUUUUAACAGACGAAGAGCAGAAACAAUUCGAAAAUGCACUCAAAGUGGAAUCCCCGGAUGUGAUUGAUGACAGCCAGCCUGAUGUGUUGGUUGUGCACCGGCAUAGUUGCUAUGAGCAAUGGGACAUUCCGAUCGAAGACAUGAGUAGCAGUGAGAGUAACCAAGAGAAAAAAGGUUGGUUUGGUGGGUGGGGAAAGAGGGGUCAUAUUCACAAGCAAGAAGAGCAGAAGAAGGUUGUACCGCCGAGGAGCUCGCUUUGUGUCGAUGAAAAGGUAAGUGAUCUCCUUGGUGAUUCUCCGACUAGGUAUCAGAGUAGGCCAGGAAGGCAUUCAGCAGAGGUUGAUCUUAGAAGGGGAAGGGAUGGAGAUUCAAAAAAAUCUGUAGCGAGUACAGAAAAUGGACAUCGGCACAAAGAGAGUAGCAAGGAGAGUGAGUAUAAGAAAGGCUUAAGGCCUGUUCUCUGGCUGUCUCCUGACUUUCCUCUUCGGACUGAAGAGCUACUUCCAUUGCUUGACAUUCUUGCGAACAAGGUCAAGGCAAUCCGUCGUCUAAGGGACCUACUUACGACAAAGCUUCCUCCUGGAACUUUUCCAGUCAAGAUUGCAAUUCCAGUGAUACCUACCAUCCGGGUGCUGGUUACAUUCACAAAGUUUGAAGAGCUACAACCCGUGGAAGAGUUUGCCACGCCUCCUUCAAGCCCCAAAAACAAGAGUCCUGUAGUGCAACCAUCAAGCUCCUGGAUUCAGUGGAUAAGGGCCCCUUACCGUCAGUCCUACUCCACAACAUCAGGACCUAGUAGCCGUGUGGAAGAUAUCCAGGAUCCUUUUGUGAUACCACCUGAUUACACAUGGACAACACCAGAAGCUAAGAAAAAGAAGAUGCAAAAAGGCAAGAGCAAAUCCAAGAAAGGAAGAGGCCAGAACCAAUGAAACCUUAGGGGACAAAAAUUGUGAAUGUUGUGAAACAUGUGCAGCGAUGGAUGCUUCUAUCCAUGAUCAGUUGCUGAAGCUUCACAAGGCUGUUUCAGUAAAAGAUGACUUAUGAUGCCCGUUGCAAGCGUGGGCUGAACUUGACCUGAAGUGAAUAUCAGAAACCUUCAGGAAUGGUGAUGCAAAUUGUCAGGACCCACUUGUAACCAAAUUCAAUAUGUUUAAAAUUUGUUGGAACAUUCUUUCUUGCACUAAAUAUUGAUGCACAUACUGCUUGCCACUAUUUUCUAAUGGGUGUAACUACAUGUUUUCUUCCUU